UGCAUAUUCCUCGCAUAUCUCUCGGAAUUUAAACUCCGAUUCGUUUGAAACAGAGCGCAUUCGAAUUCGAAUCUGAUUUGUCCGGGCAUUGUUUGGCUCCGAAAUCAUACUAUCAUCUCUCGAAGGAAAUUCAGCUAGUUGAACUUCGGCGCCGGCCGCAGCAGAUCAAACCGAGUUUUCGGUUAAACGCUCGGUUUGGACUCGAUUUAGGUGGGUCAUUGUUGAUUUCUGGUUCGUCAACUUAGAAGAUCCUAUUGUUCAUAUCAGAUAGUAGUCGCAAUUACAUGAAGAACGGGAUGAUAGAAUGCAGUGUAUGCCAUUCAAAAUUGGUUUCUCCUAGUCCCAGAACUAUAUCAAGGGCUUAUGACAAACACAAAAGCAGGAUAUCAUCCAAGCAGCGUGCCCUUAAUGUCCUCUUGGUUGUCGGUGACUGCAUCUUAGUUGGCUUACAGCCUAUUCUUGUCUAUAUGUCCAAGGUGGAUGGGAAAUUCAAUUUUAGCCCAAUCAGUGUUAAUUUUUUGACAGAGGUCACAAAGGUUGUCUUUGCUAUUGUCAUGCUUUUAAUCCAGGCUAGGCAGAAAAAAGUUGGGGAGAAGCCUCUUCUCUCAAUUUCUACGUUUGUGCAGGCAGCUCGCAACAAUGUUCUUCUUGCUGUUCCAGCGCUUCUGUAUGCUAUAAACAACUAUCUGAAGUUUAUUAUGCAGCUUUAUUUUAAUCCUGCCACCGUGAAGAUGCUAAGCAAUUUGAAGGUUUUAGUGAUAGCAAUUUUGUUAAAGAUGAUUAUGAGACGCCGCUUUUCGAUUAUUCAGUGGGAGGCUCUUGCGCUGUUGCUUAUUGGCAUAAGUGUCAAUCAGCUGAAAUCUUUUCCUGAAGGAACUACAGCUCUGGGUCUUCCCAUCACAAUGGGUGCAUAUGUUUAUACAUGUAUAUUUGUGACUGUUCCGUCUUUGGCCUCUGUUUACAACGAGUAUGCUUUGAAGAGCCAAUAUGAUACUAGCAUUUAUCUUCAGAACUUAUUCUUAUAUGGGUAUGGAGCUAUAUUCAACUUUCUUGGAAUAGUUGGCACUGCCAUUGUGAAGGGUCCAAGUAGCUUUGAUAUUCUGCAAGGUCAUUCAAAAGCCACCAUGCUUUUGAUAGCUAACAAUGCUGCCCAGGGGAUUCUAUCAUCCUUUUUCUUUAAAUAUGCAGAUACGAUUUUGAAGAAGUACUCUUCAACAGUUGCUACAAUCUUCACUGGCAUAGCUUCUGCUGCAUUAUUCGGACAUACUUUAACAAUGAACUUUAUUUUAGGGAUUUCUAUUGUCUUCAUCUCAAUGCACCAGUUCUUUUCGCCCCUUUCAAAAGUCCGAGAUGAUCAACAAAAUGGCUUGAUGGAGCUGCGUGAUGUUCAUGACUCACACAGGACUAAGGACUCUUUUGUCAAUAUGGCUGCUGGAGCAAAUGAAGAGGCUAGUCAUCGUGUCGGGCAUGAUGAGAGACAGCCGCUUCUUCCCACAUAGAUUGACCCACAGAAUCUUCCUCGAGGAAAUUUUUUGGUAAUAUUUAUCGAAGGGUAGCAUUGGUGCACACAUUUUUACGUCAAAAUAAAGCAAAAAUAGAAGAGUUUCUCUACCUGCUUAAUAGAGAACUGCAAAAAUCUACAGAAGCUGAUGAGCAGUUCAGGACUUUUGAUAGAGAAAUAGGAAACAGCUUCGUACUUUUGGCGCAUGUGCUCUAUUCUUUUUGUCUGACCUUUCAUUUUAUUUUUGUCUAUUUUACAUAUUUUUAUUUCUUUUAAUGCUCACCUCAACCCCUUUAAUGCGUUAUUCUUUUAAACCAUUUACGAAUGAAUAAUGAUUUUGGUCUUUCUUUGUUAUAUGAAAACAACGGCUGAAAAGUAGAACGUGGCUACUGCUUUUUGUUGCAUGGGGGAAAAA